AUGAAUGCAAUAAAAACAAUGAAAUGCAUGUGUCUUAUAUUCAUUCUAUUCCUCUUUAUAUCCAAUUGCAUAUACCUGACAGACAUAAAUGGCAAUUUUAUAAGCUUUGAUCAAGAAAGGAAUAUAUUAUACGCCACUAAAUCCAACUCAAGCCCACUUUCAUUUCAUUUUGUAAGAAAAAAAGACCCAAGCCAUAUAAAUAUUAGAAAGUGGAUUUUAUGGAUAGACAAAGACAAAACACUUACGCUUGGAAGAGACAAUGAUAAAGUUAUUUUAAAAAAAAUUAGUAAAAAUGAAAGCCCAGAUUUAUUUGAAAUAAUGAAAUCAACAAAUAACAAAGCAACCAUAAAGUUUAGAAAUAAAGAUAAAUGCAUAGUAUCACAAAAUGGCUUGAUAAUAAAAAUGGGUAGCUGCAAACACAGUAAUAGUCAAUUUUACAAAGUUAAGGAAAUAGAACAACCUGAUAAAGGAAAAGAUACAGACCAAGGAAAAGUUAAAUACAUAGAGGAGGUUCUCAUGGAAUUUGGAAAUGAAAUUGCUAGGGCUUUGCCAGAGCUUGUUGAAGAGGAAGUAACCAUACAGAAUAAUACUUUGAAAAAUAACUUGAUAAAUACAAACGAAACAGAAAAACCUUUAAAGGCUGAGAAUGAAAAGAAAAAGCUUAAAAAAGAACUACACCCUCAAAAAUCACAAUCAGAUAAUGCAGAACCUGGAAAUAAAGACAUAGAAUAUGUUAAAAUUAGCAAAACGGAGGCACAGAAACUGUUAGAAAUUGUAAACAGUCUUGCUCAGUUAGAACAGCAAAAAAGGACAGUACCAAAUCCACAAAUAAGUGCUCAACCAUCCAACAGUGAUCUUUCAACAUUCCCACGGGUGGAUUCUAAAAACGACAAAACUUCGCCACUCAGCCCAAUGGGAAACAUUGCAACGCAUCCUACACUUACGAAUCCAACCAAUGGGUCUUCAAAUUAUUCUUCGAUGCCAAGCAAUCUUUUCAAAGCACAAAAUGGUUUACAGCCAUCCAAUAUUACAAAUAAUAUGGGAAGUCCGUGGAUGCAUGAUAACACUGGCAUACACCCCUCUCAACCCAACCCAAACAUGACACAGUUUCCAUAUCCACCAGCAGGCCAACCAAUUCCACAUUAUGCAAGUACAAAUCCACCCACAGAAUACUACACAAAGAACAUAAAUAAAGAACGUAUGAACUUGGAUAUAAUACAGUUACUAAUAGACAGUAAAGACCCCACACUUAGAAAGCUAGGAUUGCAACUUGCGAUCGAUAGCUUAACGAAAUCUGAUUCAGGCACAGCAUCACUAAAUUCUGAAUUGGCAACAAAGAUCCUUUUACUGCUAAAAUCAAAUGAAAAUAACAAAGAGAACGAGGAAAAGUCAAAAAAGGAUACUGAAGUGGCUCUUUUAGAAUAUAGACUUGGCCAAUUAGAGACUAAUCGCCAAAUACAACAAAAUGACAAAAUAAAUGAAGCCAAAAAGAAUAAAAAGGCAAGAAAAAAAGAGUGGAGGUGGUGGUUUGUUUGGCAGUCUUUCUAA